AUGUUGAGACACGCCACAUUCCGGUCGCUCAGGUCUGCGCACCUUUGUUCCGUAAGGGCAUACGCUAGAGCCACAUCCCUUGGAAUCGAUUCCUCUGUUGAAAACAACCUACAGACCGAGACCAACAGAGCGUCUAAAACCUUACAAAAAUUCUGGAAUGAUGUUUCGGUCAAAGAAUGCGACACUCAUCUUACUGUGAUGUUGGAUAACAAGCCUCUCAGAACCCCCUUGGGUAACGCGCUAAGUGUCUCCAAGGACCGCAAGCUUCUUGCUUUACUUUUGCAAAAUGAAUGGUCCAGCAUGUCCAGCCUCGCAAUCAAGCCACACUCACUGCCCAUCACCUCCAUUGUAUCUCGAUGCAUAGACUUGGAGUACACCGCGAAGCCAGGCUCAGAUCCAGAACUAGUUGCCAAAAUUGGCGGCGAUCGCUCAGUAAUCUCAGAAUCCUUAUUGCGUUACCUCGAUACAGAUACUCUCAUGUGUCUUUCACCACGCGCAGAAUAUGAAGGAGCUUUGAGAGCUGCACAAGAUGAACUUUAUCUUCCUGUGAUCAGUCAAGUGGAGAAAUUUCUAUCGCGUUUCGCUCAGGAUCCAGUGAAACUACAAAUCCUGGACGCAGACGUUCAUGGGCUCAAAGGCAACCUUCAAGAUAAAAACACUAAAGAGGCAGCUCUCGCUUACCUGAAUUCUCUAUCAAUGUGGGACUUUGCUGUUUUCGAAAAGGCUGUACUCACCACUAAAUCUUUUCUCUGUGGCCUUCUAUUGCUGCACAACAAGUCACAAAACCCAUCUAGUGACAUGAAAGUCACCAUGGAAAAGAUUGCCCAGUUUGCGACUUUGGAGACUAUAUACCAAGUUGAGCGCUGGGGAGAGGUCGAGGAUACUCACGAUGUGGACAAGCGCGAUGUGAGGAGAAACAUAAAUGCUGCCUCCAUCGUGGCCUUCAAGGAAUAA